AUGCCUAUCGAAUAUUACAACGUUGCAAAGCUUCCCACCGACGUCAUAUUGUUUGAGAUAUUCUCAAGAUUACCGGCCAAGUCCUUGAUACGGUUGAGGUGCGUAUGCAAAUCGUGGUCCUCCCUCAUCCGCCAUCCUUUCUUUGUCAGAACCCACCAAAAGUUGCAGACUCAAUCAAGCCAUAACCACCACCUCCUUUGGCACCCAAAUUUGGCUGAACCAGAGAGAGAGCAGAUAUGUCAAUCUUUGACUUGCAAAAAUCUCACUUCUGAAGUUGGGAUUCAAGCAGCAAAAAACCGUGUUUUGUCAUUAAGAACAAUUGAUGAGCUUUUCUAUCUCAAGAACCAGGAACUUAAAGAUGAAGUUGAAGAGCAUAAGAACCGGAUUUCUGAUCUUGAGAGUGCGAACAUGAAGAUGAAUGAAGUCAUUGAGAAUCUAAAGAAAGAGGUGGAGAAGUUGGGCAGUGGGCAUUCAAAACGAUCAAACAAGUGGACAACGAUGUCUAAGAAAUUGGGCUUCAGCAAGAAGCCUCUGCAACUGGGGUGUCGUACAAGUCAGGAUGCAGUGCACAACCCAAACCCUAGGAGGAAGGACAACGUUAGUUCUACCGGAAAAUACAGACUCCUCCUCUGA